AAAACUCAUGCGGUGAAGGAGGAUCAUGUCUUGUGGCGCAGGUUUUCACUGUGUACUGGAUUGGCAACGCCACAGAAAAUCGACCCUCGCAAGUUGACCCGAAACUCUUCCUUUGGAGGUUACAAUGAGAUUUGCCCUUUGACCCCAGGCCCUGAAAUGGAAAAGAAUGGAUUUUCAGCUCUUACUGAUGACGUCACUUCAACGCCCAUCUCCAGCAGUAAGUCUGAUUCCAAGCUAUACAACGGCUACAACAAAGACUGCGUAUCUCACAUCUCUAAACUCACCAAGAAAGAAUCUUUGAAGGUUCAGAAGAAAAAUUACAGACAGGAGAAGAAAAGGGCCAGCAAGGAGAUGCUCAGUGCUUUGAAGGAUCCUUCUGUAAUUGUGAUGGAGGAUUGGCUGAAG